CCCGCUCUUCUCUAUGCGCAGCCGCUGAUUCCUCUCACUACUGACCGCACUAGUCCGCAUUGUUUGCAGUCGCCUUCCUUCAAGAGUGGGCGGUUAUCAUCAGUUUCCAGUGAUUUCACAAUGACAGAUGCUGUGAUGGGCACAAAAGGUGUCCACGUGAAGUCUGGGCCUCUUGGCGCUGAGCUGACUGAUGAAGAGAAGGAGAUCAUCAACAGUGUAAUUGUCCGGGCAGAAAAGAUGGAAGCAAUGGAGCAAGAGAGGAUUGGACGUCUGGUGAAUCGUCUGGACACCAUGAAAAAAGCAGUUUGUGGGGAUGGAGUGUCACGCUGUCUUUUAUGUGGCGAGCAGCUGGGUUCAGGAGGUGAUAGAUCAGUGGUCUGUGAGGACUGUAAAAAGAACAUGUGCACCAAGUGUGGAGUGCAGACUAACACUCGGCCACGGUCUGUAUGGCUCUGCAAGAUCUGCGGUGAACAAAGAGAGGUAUGGAAACGAUCUGGAGCCUGGUUCUUCAAAGGUCUCCCUAAGCAGUUCUUACCCUCACCUAUGCCCGUUUCCAAACCUAAAGAUCCCAGUCCUCGGCAGACCCCUGCAACACCUCCAGUUACUAAGAAAUCUCAAGCACCGGUCACAGAACCAACAACGGAUCCAUCAAUCACCCAAAAACCACCCGUGGCUCCAAAACCUGCUUAUCUUAAAAGUCAGAGUUACUCAGAAGCAGAUGGAGAGGCUGCAAGCCCCCAGAAUACUCCAGUGAUGAUGAAAAAGACUGCGAAUGUCCAUGCUGCCAGACCAAACUCAUCCAGCACAUUCCAGCCAGUUGCUCAGGAGGCAGAGAGAGGAGCCUACCAAACCAUUAGCAAUGCAUCUAAUGUUCAGGAAAGAGCUCAUCCUGCAGAGAGGGAGGAGCAAAAGUCUGCUGUCACCCCUCGACCCGGCCAGCAUCAGGCGGCUCCAUCAAUGGACGACGAGGAAGAGGCCAACAGCUAUGACUCAGAUGAAGCAACAACUCUGGGAGCACUGGAGUUCACUUUACUAUAUGACCAAGGGAACAGCAGCCUCCAUUGCAACAUUAUUAAAGCAAAGGGUUUAAAGCCAAUGGAUUCAAAUGGACUGGCAGAUCCAUAUAUUAAGCUUCAUCUACUGCCAGGUGCAAGUAAGUCAACUAAAUUACGUACCAAGACCCUACGCAACACUCGCAACCCUAACUGGAAUGAGACGCUGGUGUACCACGGGCUGACAGAUGACGAUAUGCAGCGCAAGACCCUCAGAAUAUCUGUCUGUGAUGAAGACAAGUUUGGCCACAAUGAGUUUAUCGGAGAAACCAGAGUUGCACUGAAAAAACUCAAGUUCAAUCAGAAGAAAAACUUUAAUGUGUGUCUAGAGAGGGUUGUCCAAACAAAAAGAACAUCAACUGCAGGUGGUGCACGAGGAAUCACCCUCUAUGAGGAUGAGACUGGGAAGGAUGGCACUGAGAUGGAAGAGAGAGGACGUAUCCUGAUUUCCCUAAUGUACAACACCCAGCUGAGUCGUCUCAUUAUAGGUGUUGUACGCUGUGUUCACUUAGCAGCAAUGGAUGCAAAUGGCUACUCUGAUCCCUUUGUCAAAAUAUGUCUGAAACCUGACAUGGGGAAGAAAGCAAAGAACAAGACGCAGACCAAGAAGAAGACACUCAACCCAGAGUUUAAUGAGGAAUUCAGCUAUGAAAUUAAGCAUGCAGAGCUGGCUAAAAAGACUCUUGAUAUCUCAGUAUGGGACUACGACAUUGGCAAAUCCAAUGAUUAUAUAGGGGGCUGCCAGCUUGGAAUCACUGCCAAAGGUGAGCGUUUGAAGCACUGGUAUGAAUGCCUAAAGAACAAAGACAAGAAGAUUGAGCGUUGGCAUACUCUUCAUAACGAGAAUCACAUCUCAAGUGAUUAGGCUCUUUAAGUUUUGUGCAUGCCUUUGACAGUUUCACUUCCUUAAGUUGUACUUGGCCCAUUUGCCAACUCCAUUACCCUCCACUAAUGCAUAUUUUGGGUUGUACCGAUCUUGCUCUUGUCCGGCUGACACACAAUAUGCUUUCAAAGAACAAAAUGUGAUGUCUGGAGCUCUACUGUUCACUGUGACUUACAUACAAAUGACCAUCGGUUAGCAUUGAAAAGUAAAAGAACUGCACUGUUA